AUGCAUAAAUGUCCCAAUCGAUUGAUUGCUCUACUUCAAGGAGGGGAAAUAUAUCUUAGUGAAGAAAGGGAGCAAGAAUAUAGUGGUGAAGAAGAUCCUCAAAAAGAGGAUGAGUUCAAAGAUGGGGAAGAUGAACCGGAUCUUUGUGUCAAAAAGGAGAGAAUGUCGCUCCUCUAUAUCUGCGGGAGUUGUGCAAAUAUUGCUAGUACUGCAUUAGUGGAAUUCUUAAAGCUUCCUACUACUAAGCAUGCUACACCUUACAAACUUCAAUGGCUGAGUGAGUGUGGAGAAUUGAGGGUGCAUCGACAAGUGAUGAUCAAGUUUAAGAUUGGGAAAUAUCAAGAUGAGGUCCUAUGUGAUGUGGUCCCAAUGCAAGCUUGUCAUGUGCUACUCGCGAGGCCUUGGCAACAUGAUCAUUCAAUCAAACACGUUGGGAGAACAAACAAGUAUUCACUUGUGUUGAAUGAUCAUGAGUAUGUUCUUCAUCCUAUGACCCCCUCUCAAGUCAAUGAUAUACAUAAAAGGAUGAGUGAUUCAAAGGAAAAGACGAAGUGUGAAAAGGAACAUGUAGAGGCCGAGAGUCAAGAAGAGGAGGAAAGAAGGAAGUUGAAAGGAAAGGGCCAAGUGUUGUUGGCCAAUUACAAGGAGAUAAGGGAGGAAAUUGAAUCCAGAAGUUAUUUGAUCCUUAUUACACAUAGGGAUCAUGAAUAUGAGGAUGUCUUCCCAAAGGAGCUUCCAAGAGGAUUGCCCCCUCUUCGGGGAAUUGAGCACCAAAUUGAUUUUGUGCCAGGAUCACAAUUGCCAAACAAGCUGGCUUAUCGAAGCAAUCCGGAGGACACCAAGGAGCUACAAAGGCUAGUUGAGGAACUACUUAACAAAGGCUAUGUGAAGGAGUGCAUGAGUCCAUGUGUCGUGCCGGUCCUAUUGGUUCCAAAGAAAGAUGGAACAUGGCACAUAUGUGUCGAUUGCCAAGCCAUCAACAAAAUUAUGAUUGAUCUUAGGAGUGGUUAUCAUCAAAUCUGGAUGAACCCUGGUGAUGAAUGGAAAACCGCAUUCAAGACCAAGUUUGGUCUAUAUGAAUGGUUGGUGAUGCCAUUUAGUCUCACUAAUGCUCCUAGUACCUUUAUGCGUCUCAUAAAUCAUGUGAUGAAACCCUUUAUAGGGAAAUUUAUGGCUGUCUAUUUUGAUGAUAUCUUCAUUUAUAGCAAGACUAUGCAUGAUCAUGUUGAGCAUUUGAGAUGUGUGUUUGAUUUGCUUAGGAAGGAACAACUUUGUGAUAAUCUUGAUAAGUGUUCAUUUUAUGUUAAUGAGGUUGCCUUCUUAGGUUUUGUUGUGAGUUCAAGAGGGGUUGAAGUUGACGAGUCUAAAAUUGAUGUUAUUAAGAAUUCUUAG